AUGAUUGACUCCGAAGACCUCAUCAUCGACUUGGCUGAGAUGUACGGCUUCGAGUUUGCUAUCCCGUUGACUCUCCCGAACGCUUGUCUCACCACCCUGGCCGGAGCGCGGGCGCGAUUCUAUCUAGACCUUGCAGGAGAAGAAGCCGAGAGCGGAGGGCGGGAGUGUAAGGUUGGCAACCUAGUCAGCUAUAUCCCUGAUGCGGUCCACGAUAUAGCGCAGGAGGGCAUGUGGUUCGGCAUUGUGACAGAGCUCAAUACGCCAGGCAACUCAUUCCUAACCAUUCGGCGGCUCAUGUCGGCUCGAUUCCUGCACGCACUAUCCAGGAGCACGACAAACGGGCCAGUCAACCAGCCCGACCUUCGACGCUGCCUGAACGAUACCGGCAUGGACCGGGACAGUAAGGAACAGCUACUCAGUAGCCGGCAAGAACGUCUAUCAAUGUUGCGCAUAUGCGCUGUACUUACAAGAAGUGAAUUCCGCUCCAUCGGUUUCAACAACGGCUUGAGGGUGCUCACCUCGUUGUACGGUCACGUCGUUAGUAUUGUGGAAGCCUACUAUUAG